AUGGCUGAAAGUACUUCAGUGAGGGAGCAUUGUCUUAAGAUGAUCUCUAAUCUGAAUACACUGGAAGUUUUAGGUGCUGAUAUUGAUAGAGAAUCCCAAGUGGAUAUGAUACUCCAGUCACUACCAGAAUCAUUCAAGGAAUUCAGACUUAAUUAUAAUAUGAACGAAAAUAUUUAUUCAUUGUCUGAAUUAAUGAAUGAGUUGGUAGCGGUGGAAGGCAUUCAUGGUACAUCCAGUGUUGAUGCUAAUAUGGCUGAAACUUCUACUUCUCAACCUAAGUCGAAAGGCAAGGGUAAGAAGAAGAAGAAGAAGAAGGACUUCACCAAGCAAGAUGGUUAA